AUGGUUAAUAUGGAGUGGAUUGAUCAGUUUAUAGAUUCAAAGGCAGAAUUUCUUCUCCCUGGGGCUUCUGAUCAUUCUCCUGGAAUUGCCACUAUAUUUGAAAAAAGGAAACAUGGGCCUCCACCUUUUCGAUUCUUUAAUUAUAUGACUGAGGAACCUGAUUUCCUUGAUUUGAUUAGAAGGGUUUGGUCUGUUAAGGUGAAGGGUAUCCCUAUGUAUGUGUUUAUGACUAAACUCAGGAAGGUCAAAGUUUUUUUUUUAAUUUAUUGGAAGAGAAUUAGAUUUAAAAACCUCUUUGAGCAAGUUAUGGAGGCAAAGAAAGAGAUGACUCUAAUUCAGCAGCAGGUUCAAGUCCAUCCUCUUUGUCCUGUGUUGGCUAGAAAGGAAAAAAAAGCAGUUCAACAAUAUGCUAAGAUUUCUAGAUAUGAGGAAUCUAUGAAGAAGCAAAAGUCUAGAGUCCAGUGGCUUGAUUUGGGUGAUUCUAACACUCAUUUUUUUCAUAAUUCCCUUAAGGAAAGGAGAUCAAGGAAUAAUAUUCUUACUCUUACUUCUAGGGAUGGAAAGGAGGACACUAAUGGCCAAUUAAUUGAGGAUCUCCACUUUGAUAAAGUUAUUGAUGAUACUUCUAAAGAGGCUCUUAUUAGGUCUAUUACUAGAGAUGAAAUAGUUCAAGCUCUUGCUUCCAUAGGAUCAGGGAAAUCCCCUGGUCCAUAUGGUUUUUCCAGUCAUUUUUUCAAAUACUGCUGGACAAUUAUUGGAGAUGAUUUUGUGGCUGCUGUCAAGAAUGUUUUUAAGAGCUCCAAACUCCUUAAAGAGGUAAACAACACCUUUGUUACUCUUGUUGCUAAAAAUGAAAAUCCUAGUGGUAUAGUGGACUACAGACCUAUAGCUUGUUGUGGAGUAGUUUAUAAAUGCAUUUCCAAGAUUAUCUCUCUCAGAAUGAAGUUGUUAUUGAAGCAUUUAAUCCAUCCCUGCCAAUCUGCUUUUAUAGCAGGAAGAUCUAUUCAAGACAACAGUCUAGUGGCACAUGAGAUUGUUAGGAACUAUCAUAGGACUACUGGUACUCCUAGAUUCACCAUGAAGAUUGAUCUCAGGAAAUCAUAUGAAACUGUUAGCUGGAAGGGAAUUCUUAUUACUUUAAAGAAGAUGGGAUUCCCUGCUAUAUUUAUUGGUUGGAUUGAACUUUGUAUUACUUCACCUAAAUUUAUGUUCUUAUUAUUGGGUCUCCAUAUGGCUACUUUGGAGCUAGAAGAGGACUCAGACAAGGAUGAUGUUUUGGUAUUCUUUAAAGGCACUACUAACUCAGUUGCUACUUUAAGGAGGGUAUCAUGGAAUUUUAGUGCUUGUUCUGGUCUUCAAAUGAACCAACAAAAAAUUUCUCUGUUUGCUUCUGCAGUUGGAGAUGAUGAGCUACAGAAUAUACUUCAUAUUAUGGAAUAUCUUGAGGAUAAAUUUUCAGUAAGAUUGACAUUGAUUAAGCAUGUUUUAUCUGGCAUGGUCUUCUUUUGGUUAUCCUGCUUCAUCCUCUCUAAGAGAGCUAUAAAGGAAAUAACUAAUAUAUUUAAAAGGUUUUUAUGGGAUGGCUGUGAAUUAGGAAAGAAGCAUUGUCGUAUUAGCUGGUCCACUAUAUGUUUUACUUAUAACGAGGGAGGGUUGGGAGUUAGAGACAUUGAAGUUAAUACCUUAUAUGUUAAUACAAAACAUUUAUGGGACCAUGCAUCUGGGAAAGACUCUAUUUGGACUGAUUGGGUCAAGAAGAAUAUUAUUCAAACAAGAAAUAUUUGGGAAAUGCAUAUUCCUUCCGAUUCUUCUUGGUGCUGGAGAAGAGGGCUAGAUCAGAGACAAAUUGCUAGAGAUAUGGUUAUUACAAUUUUGGGUGAUGGAGCAAAUACUAGAUUUUUGCAUGAUAAUUGGCAUUAUAAGGGUAGACUGUCUUCUUGGAUGGACCCUUCUAUAAUUUCUGAGUUCUUACCAAAUGAUGCUUGCACCGUCUCAGAUUUUGUUAAAAAUGAUGAAUGGUCUUUACCUUCUUCAACUGAUCAUAGCAUUGCAGCUAUCUUUUUACAAGUGACUUCAACUGAUUUCCUUACUUUAAAGAAAGACAAGGUUAUGUGGUCUGUUAGUAAUUCUGGGGUUUUUUCAGUUAAAGAUACUUAUAAUUCCUUAUUUCCUCAUGGUGAGAAAGUGAAAUGGAGUACCCUUGUAUGGUUUAAGCUUCAUAUACCUAGGCAUUCAUUUAUUACUUGGGUGUCUUUACAUGGCAUAUUAAAAACUAGAGAUAAGCUUCUUAAAUGGAAUGUUAUUGCUGCUUCUUCUUGUUUAUUUUGUGCUGCUACUGAAGAAAAUGAAGGACAUAUGUUCCAUGCUUGUGAGUUUGCCAUCCAAAUUUGGAGAGGAUUGCUUAUCAAAAUGGGAUAUCAUAGAGAGCUUUAUAAUACUUGGCAGGAGGAAAUCCAGUGGUGCAUUGAUGAAUUUAAAGGCUAUUCAUGUGUUGUUCUGAUUAAGAAGAUGAUAUUCAAUAGUUUUAUUUAUAAUAUCUGGAGGGAAAGGAAUUCUAGGAUUUUUGAAUCUAAAUAUAAUUCUUUGGAAUCAGUGAGUUACCAACUUGUCCAAGAAGUGUGGCUUAAGUUGAGUGCUCAUCAUUUGAAGGAUGCUGAUUCUGCUGCUAACAUGGUUUUCAUGGAAAGAUGGAGGGUCAACUGUGAGUUCAUUUUAAAGCAACCUAUUUUAUGUGCUUGGGUUGCUCCUACUGGUUAUGAUGUUAUGAUAAAUACUGAUGGCUCAAUGUCUGAAGCUGGUGCUGGUUUUGGAGCUAUUAUAAGAGAUUCUCUAGGAAACCAUUUGAUAGCAGCUAUUGGAUGA